UCUUGUUAUUUGUCGCCUUAGAUGUUUAGUCAAAAUCUUCUGUUGAGACAAGAAUUUCCUAACCAACAAUUUCUAAAAGCGACGCAUAAAAGUGAUUCAACAGAUAUCUACAUAAAACUAUUCUUCGAAUUUUUGUAAAGAAACCAUUUUUAGUAUUAUUGUUAGAUGGCGAGGCUUUCAUUUUAAUAAUACAUCUUAAAACUACGGCUUAAAGGCACUUUAUGUUGCGACUAAGUAACAAAGAAACUGGAAUGAACUCUGGCCUAACUAUGAUUCUCCGCCACUAUAAACGGACCAAAUUGAUAUCAUAUUUUUUCCUUUCACUCGUGGAUUCGGAUUCCUAAUAUAUUAUUAAAAAAUAAUUUAUCAGUGUCGGCAAAAACUGGUCUGAUUUUUUAUCAAAUCAAAAAUCUCUUUUCAACCCCCCCCCCAUUUCAAAUUUCCCAUUUUUUCAAUGGUUUUACGUGUUGCUAUGGCUGAAGGCAUGUUGUUCUAAAGUAAGGUAAGAACAACAAAUAUGAUCGCAGUAUUUAGUUUGUUCACCAUGCAAAACUUCUUUUACAUCAUGACAAGUUUUUUUAAAACUGAAAUUCAAAUAUGGGCGGAAAGUGGAAAACAGCCAAUCAGAGACAAAUUAAGCGAAGAACAGAUCAUUUAACAAAUCUUCCCCUUUUCUACGGUGAGUUCCCUUACCCUUUUUAGAGCAAAAAAAUUAAGUACAUCGAUUGAACAAAUGACAUUAUCAGCGGGUUUAACGGCUGCAGAUUUGAUCUGUUUGAAGAACAAUUCUAACUGCAAUGAUAACUGUGGCCGAAAUAUUACGUGAUUCUUAACUUCUGUUUUCUUGGGGAUUUUUUUCCGAACAGCUUCUAGUUGAAAACAGUUUACAGGCUUUGGUAAAUUUUCUCAGAUUCCUAACAAAAAAUAUAUCGAGGAGCUGCUUAGCAGGACAGACUCAUUGACCGGAUUUUAUUUGUUUUCAUUUUCAGAGAUAAAUAAUUUUUUUUUGCAGUUAUGAAAUAUAUCCAACGAAUCACUACGCAUCACUCAUUUUAACACACAAGUUUUUUUUAUUAAUUCGAUUUCGAUUUGAAGUCGCUUCUACUCUAACACAAACACAACUUGUCAUCACAACAGCUUCGAAAAAGCGAGUCGCAUACUAUUAUAGUUUAUUGGCUUUCAUUCAUUGUUUUUAUUGAAGCUAUCCCAUUUUUCCACCAUUAUACGGUAAAGCAGAGGAAAUGUUGGAAUGAUUCAAUAAAAAAAACAAAUGAAAGCCAACAACCUCUAAUUUUCUGCCACUCCCUUACCAAUCAUCGUUAGGAAAUUGGAUUGCCUCCAAAAAUUGUUGGAAUGACACAAAAAUUUUUUUACUCCACUCUUUUGUUUACACUUUUGCUUACACAUUGUCAGAGGGAAAAGUUUUUCUAAAAAACCGGACCAGUCAAUAAAUUUCCUGAAAUAAGUAUCCUAUUUUAAAUAAACAGUUCCAUUUUUGAACAAUUGUGUGAAUAUGUUAUGGUUAUUUUUCUUUUUCUUUUUUGAAUCUUCGUUGCUUCUUUGUUUCGACUUCAUCAUUGUUCGUGUUGUAAAUCUUCUGGCUUCAUAAUGCGUCGAUUAAGUUAUAUUGGUACGAACACUUCCAAUCGGAUUUUGAACUUGGAGCCAGAUUUUGGAAUAUUCUAGAGAACGUUUUACUAAUGAAUGAUAAACGGCACUUAAAAAUAACUAGAAUUUGCCAAAAUGUUUAGCUUUUUGCAAGUUUUUUCUUAAAGUUUUUUAUGUUUUGUUUUCAACGUUAACUGGUCAGAACAUUUGGUGCUACUUGCGCAGCAACUUCAACCUUCAUUUUAUUGUUACAAGUUAAUUUGUCUUAUAUUUCUUCGUGCUAAAUUUAUUACAAUUUGCAAUUUAUUAUUACAAUUUAACAAUUCAUAACAAUUUAUUACAUUUAAUUUACGAGAUUGAAAAUGAAUAAGAGUCAAAGUCAUCAGGCUUUCAACAACUACAGACACGCUUACGAGAGCACAGUACGAGGAAGCAACAGCUACCAGGCAGUGACAGUGCAGUACCCCCCUUCAAGACUAGUUCUGAUCGAUCCCCAGCCCCCCGUUUUGCCCAGAAUCUGCUGCGCCAAUCACAGCACCUGUGUGGCCCACCUGGAGCACAACUGGCGGGAGUGCAUGACAGCCGGACUGACUCUGAUGUUCUUCACCUGUGUCACCAUGUGUCUAGCGGCCCUCAUCCUGCUCGCCUUCCCCAGAUACGGGAGCUUACCCCUUGCCAUCGCAUGCAUAUUCUCCAGCACACUGCAAUUGUCAGUUGGUUUCUUCAGCAGUAUGUUUUCCCACAAACGACCAACCAGUGCCAGCGAAUGCUUCAACUACCUGUGCUUCGUGAGUUCUGUGUUGGGAGGUUUUCUGUCCCUCGCUAUGAUCAUCAUCAUCUCUGUCGCUCUCUCGCAAAAUGCAUCUGAGUACGAUUAUGUUGAGAGCGGACCUAUCGAAAGACACAUCUAUGCCAAAGAAGAAAUGUUUAAGAAUUGUGGUGGCGACUGUGAGGCGUAUUGGCUGAUGCUGGUGUUCCUCUGCUGCGGAUACUUCACCUCGCUCGCCCUUCUAGUGUUUCUAGCUAACAUGGUCAACAAAAUCAAACACCUGCAGAGACACAUUGCCAUGGUCAAAUAACCUAAUAACCUACCAAAAAAUGAAGAAACAGCGCCUGGCAAUAGUAAUCAUAAUAGUUGGGUUCCAGGAAAC